GCUGGAUGUUUGCACCUUUCUGCAAUAGGCCUAGAUCUUAAACAUGAUCACGCAUAUUCCUUAUUAUAAAAUAAUAUAUUAAUAUUCCAACCCUUUAACUGAAGAAUCGUACAAAAAAGCUUUCACAUAAGUGGCAUGAUUAUAAUAUUGAAUUAUGCUCGCAAACACUGACUACAAGUAAGGUUCACUGAUGCAUGGCAAAUUUGACAUAACCACGUGACUUAUAAACGUAAACACGUUUUUGUCAGUUGGCUUAGAUGUGUGACGUGGCCAGUGUCACAUCUGCUGAAAGUCGAUGCGCUUUACUGUAUAUUUUGUUAGAGAAAAUGGCUUAUGAAUUACUUUUUAAAUCCAUGAACCAUGACUGGCAAAGAUAUACAGCUGUUACACAAACAGUAACUUGUCAAAGAGGGACAGUAAAUGUUGUCAGUGUGGUCAAAUUCUAAAGACAUAUCAUGAGUGACCAAAAUUAUGAAUAUGAUUUGAUUCCUACCUUUGAUCCGGAUGAAUACGACUCUGAUGAAGGUCAAUUUCAUAUGUUUUACGAGGAAGAUCGUAUGGGUAUGAGAGUAACAUCUGGUAGUAUAGUAUUAAAAAAGGAUGCCCAGAAUCUCAUUGGUAUCAGUAUUGGAGGGGGAGCUCCACUAUGUCCAUGCCUCUAUGUCGUCCAGAUAUUUGACAACACACCUGCAGCCAAGGAUGGUACUCUAGGUUCGGGAGAUGAGAUUACAGGUGUCAAUGGACAGUCAGCCAAGGGCAAGAGUAAAGUGGAAGUCGCAAAAAUGAUACAAUCUAUAUCAGAAGAAGUAACUAUUAACUAUAAUAAAUUGCAUGCAGAUCCAAAGCAAGGGAAAUCUCUUGAUAUAGUUUUAAAAAAGGUGAAACAUCGUGUGGUGGAGACAAUGAAUACCAACACAGCUGAUGCCCUGGGCCUUAGUAGAGCAAUUUUAUGUAACGAUGGAUUAGUUAAGAAGCUUGAAGAACUGGAGAAGACAGCGGAUAUGUAUAAAGGUUUGAUUGACCAGACAAAGAAGUUGCUAAAGUCCACGUUUGAGCUGUCUCAGUCUCACAAGUUAUUUGGGGAGGUGUUUUCAGGAAUAGGAGUACGUGAACCUCAGCCAGCGGCUAGUGAAGCCUUCAGCAUGUUUGGGGAGGCACAUCGUAGCAUGGAGAAGUUUGCUAUCAGGAUGUUAAAAACAGCAAAACCAAUGAUCAGUGAUCUCAACACAUACCUACACAAGGCGGUGCCAGACACAAGACUUACUAUAAAGAAAUACCUGGAUGUUAAGUUUGAGUAUCUUGCCUACUGUCUAAAGGUGAAGGAAAUGGACGAUGAGGAAUACAGCUAUGCAGCAUUACAGGAACCGCUGUAUCGUGUAGAAACAGGAAACUAUGAAUACAGGUUAGUGCUUCGCUGUCGACAAGAUGCACGUCAGAGGUUUGCCAAAAUGAGAGCUGAUGUUCUCGUCAAGAUGGAACUUCUGGACCAAAAACAUGUCCAGGACAUCGUGUUCCAGCUACAGCGGUUCGUAUCUGCGAUGGCCAAGUAUCACAAUGACUGCCAUGGAGUCAUGAAGAAGGCUGUCGUGUUCCCAAUAGAAGUCGAUCUUUCUCGUGGUACAUUCACAUAUGACACAACCAACCAGUUCAACGAUGAGGAAGAGGAUGAAGAGGAGGGGGUUGAGGGUACUGUGGAGACAGGGACAGAAGUCGGAGUCACAGAGACAAAUGAUCUUAUAAGUACUGAUUAGGGAUCAGUGGGGGUACAGGAAGAGGUGGCAUGAUUAGGGUUGGUAUGAGGAUCAGAACCACAGAAACUAAAAAUCUCAUCAGUUCUGAUUAUAGGUCAGUGGGGGGUACAGGGAGGGUGAGGGUACAAUGGGGUUUACAAUAGACAUCAGAGUCAUAGGCACUAACAACCUCUCCAGUACAGCUUUGAGACAUUGGAGACUGGGAUGGAAGUUUGUAUCCCAGAGACUUAACUAUCUCAUCAAUCCUGACUGGGAAUCUGUGUUAAAGGGAGGUUUAAUAAGAGGAGGGGGCAGGUUGAUUGGCAAAACAAAUACAGGCUAUGGUAUUGAAAUAAACAAACAAAUUGAUGGCAAGGAAAAGGGUUUGCUCCUGGUUGGCUCUUUCUCUAGAUGGAUAAAUCUCUUGAUCAGGAAUCUAAUUUACUAAAGCAGACAGGUUUUUAGAACAUUUGUAAGGAUGCACAGAAAAUUACUUUGCAGAAAAGAUUUCCAAAGAAAAUUGGAUAAAAUUCAGUUACUCUAUAUUAAAACACAGAGUUCCUGAAAAAGGUAUUACAAGAAUCUACAGGUGCUCUUACAUACACAUAUGAUGGGAGUUGAUAUUUCUGUGUGAAUUAUCAAUAUUUGAGAGAAGCUAAGAUAAGGUCUUGAGGAACCUGCAUUUUAAUAUCUUAAAAACAAAUAUUGUUUUUUCGUUGAUGGAUAUUUUUUUCUACUAGAGUUAGAUCUGCUUAAGAGUAUAACCUGCUCAAGUCAGUUUGGAUGUUUUGCCGUAACCCUAUGGUUAUCAUAUCCCACCAUCAUAGUUCAGAGUGAUAUUGUUACCUAAUAGGUAUGUUUUAACGUACAAUGUGUAUUAUAAUUAAAGCAAAAUAUUUGCUAUUGAAACUUCAUCCAUGUUUACUGCAUGUACAUAUAGCAUACAGUUCUACGCAUAGCUGGUUGGUAGUUAAUGAUUUGAAUGAAUGAAAUUGUGUGGUAGAAUUGUUUCAUUGAUAUAAUAAUAUGUGCACAGGACUUAGCACAUAUUCUCAACCUACAAUCUGUUUAUAAUACACAUAUAUACAGACCAGAAGUUUAGAAUUUGUACCAAGCUCCUUUGAUCGAGUACAUCAAUUCAUCUUUGGUCGAAACAGAUGGGCAAUAUUUUCCUUCGUAAUUACUAUUGCUACAUGUUUUUUUCCUGUACAUCUACAAUCACUUGGUAAAUUAAUGUAAGAAUUAAUAAUCAUGAACUAAAUGUAUCAGAAUGAUAGUGAGGGAUUAUGUUUAUAGCAUCCAGGUGCUUUUUGCUACCAGAGUUGUGGACAAGACUAACACUAGCAAGAUGCCUGAAAUAAGUUAAUUUCAUAUGAGGGCUAAUAUAGACUUCUAUGUUUACUGAAAUGUUUCAGGCCAAGGUUGUGGAAUAUUUCCUAAUUAACAUGUGGACUAGUACUCUAAAUUUGAGAAUUGUACAGCCCUAACUAGAUAUGAGUUUAAAAGGAUUUGUUUGAUGACUACGUACAUUGUAACCACAGAAUUUUCCCAAUAUCCCCAUCGUAGCCACUAACUGUGUUCAACAAUAUUAAUUUUCUUUUGAAUAUGAGAAUUUCGGAAUCUUCUUUUGACUUUCAAAUCUUGAAUGUUUUCAUCUAAGGACUCAAUGAUCAUAUCUAUGUGCAUCAAGUUUGAAAUAAUGUUGUGUAAGCAGAAAUAUUUAUUUCUAUGUUUCUUACCUUUCAAAUCUCUAGUAUUGUUGAGGAAUCUCAUUUACCCGGUAGUAAAACUUCAGAAUUGUCUCAUUUUCAUUUCAUAGAAAUUUACAUUGUCACAAACACUUAACUAACAUUAUUAACUAACAUUCCAUUUAAGUUUUACUGUGUAACAAUAGUUAACAAAGCCUCGGUGUGUUAAACAUGCUGUUUUCACUGAUUUUGGUGUAAUUCCAGAUCAAUGAAAUUUCAUAGCAAAUACUGACUACAAGAAUAUCUUGUACAAUGUACUUUGGUCGCAAGUGUUUGAAGAUGAAUUCAAGUCUUGUACAUGCUUCACUAGUAUGUAAACUUUUAAACAGAUAGAGGAUAGGGUAUAGAGGGAGAUGUAUCUGCCUGAAGCAAUGCAAUGUGUUAGAAAUCCAUGAAACAAGUCAUUCCAAAUAAAUUGAUUACCAAAUGGCUUAUCAAUACUUACAUACCUUAUACAUGUAAAGUGUACUUGUACCUGUCAAAUCUCAAUACAUGUAAAUUUUACAUUUUGUUAUGAUUUAUUUUGCAAUAUUUUCUGUGGAUGAAUCCUAUUUCUUUGGAAAUAUUGACCAAAUGUUGUGUGUUGUUUUACAUUCUCCAGAAACUGUUUACUUUCUUUGUUUAUGUUGUGAUAGUAUGUAAGAAAUCUGUAUUUAUACAUUGUUAUUUUUGAAAGUUUUAAGUGAGGCUUUCAAUAUUAAAAGUCCAUGAAGAUAAUAUGA